AUUUCCUCAAUGAUGUAAAUAUAUGGUGUGAGUUGAGCGAUACACCAUCAAUACUCGGGCGGAUCAUCAGGACGUGUUCUUGUUUGAACAUCUUCGAUCAUAUCAAUCUUCGAUCAUGGUUAAUUGAAGUUAUCUGUACUCUGCACAAUUGGAGUCGAGUUUUUUGAGUUUCUGAAUGAAAGUAAUCGAGCAUCCAUCAAAGACAGAUUAGAACUAAGAGACAUUUACAACAACGAAUUCAGGAGCAGGAAUGCAUUGACCAAAGAUCCAACGUUCGGUUCAGUCCUCUAUGCCCUGAAGGUGUCCAACAAAAUAACAAGACGAAGAGACAAUAUUCGCUUCAACUCCAAGGUCACAGCUCUUUUUGUGGACCAGUGGCAUUCACCAAGGGGCUGUCAGCCAGAAACAGUCCAGAGGGGAGCGGCCAGUUCCGGGACAGUACAGACCUUUACCUCUGGAGAUGAGGCAGACACAGGAGUUCGAGCCCGGAGGAACCUGGCCAGUCUUCUAAUGAACAAACUGAAGACAGACAGGGCUCAGUUCAUCUCUGACAAACAUGGUAUCUGCAUUGAUUCCGACAAUCAGUUUGAGAACGGGAAACUUUGCUUACGCAUCGAUGACUCAUGUGAGUGCGUGGUAAAUCUGAAGGUGACAAACACUGGAACAGAACCUGUGUAUUUCACCUACUACACCCCACUGCACUGGCUCAAGGACUUCUCUCUGAAGGAUGAGUGCAACGUGACCAAGAAAAACCCUCUGUGUCUACAACCAGGUGCCAGCUAUAACGUCCAGGUUCACUUCCGCUGCAGUUUGGUUGGUUUCUAUCCGGCUACACUGGCCUUUGAAUUCAAACCAGACCUGAAGUCCGCCGCUGCGUUCCACAUUGUACGCUAUAUCGAAGCUCAGUGUUUAACUGCCUUGGGACUGGAGCUGGCACCUAUAGCGCCCUACAAACCCCGCUCCCUCCCUGCCUGGACCCCUGAGGCUACUAACUACACGAUUGUAGAUGGACAGCGACCUGAAGGGCUGUCAGUGAUGCAGCUGAAAAAUGUGAUUGAGCUGAAACUGUAUAAAAUACCACCAUACAUGAACCAGCUCAUCCAGUCACUGAAGCAGUCGACGUACGUCUGUGAUAAAAGAAUGGCCUUGCUGAAAAGUCCCCUGAGCUGGGAAAACUACACUGAGAAGUUUCAGCUGCUGCUGUAUCUGGAGGAGCUUCAGAUGGUGGUGGACAUCAAGAGAUACAACAUCCCCAACAACGAAGAAGAUGAUCACGCCGUCAUGUUCAGAGACAGGGCCAACAAGAAACUUCUCACUCUGGAGGUACCCGGUGUGUCUGAGAACCGCCCGUCGGUGCUUCGAGGGGAUUCGCUGCUGGUGUAUCUUGCAGGAGAAAAGGGGGAGAAGUACCGCGGCUAUGUCCACAGUGUGCUGCUGGACAUGGUCAAACUCGGCUUCGGCUCAAAAUUGCUGGAUCGCUUCGUAGAUAACAUGAAGUUCAACGUUGAGUUCAUUGUCAACCGCCUGACUGUGCGUGUUCAGCACAGAGCAGCAGAGCUGGCAGCAGCAUUCAGACUGGGAGAGGUGUUGUUCCCUGCUGCACCCGCUGACUCCUCUCAUCAAAUUGAACUUCCAAAACUCAGGCUGUUUGACUCAAAGCUGGAGGAAAACGAUGAGCAGUAUAAGGCCGUACAACACAUUGUAGCUGGCACAUCCAAACCGGCCCCUUACCUGGUGUAUGGCCCACCUGGAACAGGCAAAACUGUGACUCUGGUGGAGGCAAUCAAGCAGAUAGAGAAGGCCGAGACCUCCUGCCACAUCCUGGCCUGCGCUCCCUCCAACAGUGCUGCCGAUCUGCUCUGCAAAAAGAUUCUGGACCACGUGGACGAGCAUAAAGUGUACCGCAUGUACGCAAGCAGCCGGGACCCAAAAUAUGUCCCUUUGGAAGUCCUGGCAUGCUCUAACCUGGUAGGGGAGUGUUACCAUUAUCCCGCUAAAGAGAAGCUGAUGGAGUAUAGGAUCAUGGUCACCACUCUGUUAACAGCUGGAAGGAUGGUCACAGGAGACAUUCCUGAUGGUCACUUUACACAUGUGUUUGUGGACGAGGCAGGACACGCUGUGGAGACAGAGAGUUUAGUCCCAUUGGCAGGGCUGCUCGAUGCAGAGUCUGGUCAGGUUGUUCUGGCUGGAGACCCCAAACAGCUCGGACCCAUUCUCAGAUCCCCUUUUGCGAUGAAAUACGGCAUGGGACUGUCCCUCUUGGAGCGCAUGAUGAAUGACUGCGCUCCGUACCAGAAGGAGGAGGGCGUGUUAAACAAUCGCUUUGUCACCAAACUGCUGCGCAACUACAGGUCCCAUCCUGCCAUUCUGGAGGUUCCCAACGAGCUCUUCUAUGACCGAGAGCUGCUGUAUUACGCAGAUGAAAUAUUACGCAACUCGUACUGCGGAUGGGAAUACCUCGUGAACAAGGACUUCCCUGUGAUUUUCCACGGCGUGACCGGUGUUGAUGAGCGCGAGGCCAGCAGUCCUUCAUUCUUUAAUGUCGCAGAGGUGGAGGUGCUGAUGGACUAUGUGAAGAAACUGCUGGAGGCACAAGGCAAGAGGGGCCUGGCUAAAAUCUCACCCAGUGACAUUGGCAUCAUCGCCCCCUACAGGAAACAGGUGCAGAAAAUCCGCAAGGCCCUGGAAAAAGUUGGGAAAGGCCUCAGAUUUCAGGACAUCAAAACCCUAAAGGUUGGUUCGGUGGAGGAGUUCCAAGGUCAGGAGAGGAGAGUGAUCCUGGUGUCUACAGUUCGCAGCAGCCCCAAUUACACAGACAUAGACAAACAGUUCAACCUCGGCUUUGUCAAGAAUGAAAAGAGAUUCAAUGUGGCUGUGACUCGAGCUAAAGCCCUGCUGAUCGUGGUGGGAAACCCCAGAGUGCUGAACACAGAUCCUACCUGGGCCCGGUUCAUCCAGUACUGUCGGGAUGAAGGAGGCUACAAAGGUUAUGAGCAUGUAGAGGAAGACGAGGAUGUGGUGGAGAGACUUGCUGCUCUCUACAUCGACAUUGAUGUUCAAGUGGAGACUGCAGAGAGCGCUGUUCAGCAGCAUCUGGACCCCGAGUGGAGGAGCGACCUGUGAGGGAAAGGAGAGCGCAGUCUUCCAUCCUGAUACAUUCUGCAUCGUGGUUUGAAGACAAGGUUUCUACACGUGUACAAAAAACAGGGCCUCAUAGCACUUUGUUUUUAUUGUCAGCUAUAUGAACUUGACCAAAGACCAUAAAGGAGCCGAUUCAUGUUUAGAGAAGACGCUUGACUUGAAACAGCAAAUGCCUGUUUUACAUUGUGAUAAUCACAGCAAAUGAUUUGAAGACUUGAAUUAUAAAUUAAUUAAUAUUCUUUCAAAUGAAUUUGACCAGUCAGAAAUGUCAGUCUCAGGGUUGUUUAAUUGAGUCUUUACCUUUGCUUAAUCAUCACUGCGCUUUUAGGAUCAUGUAUGUUCAAGUGUCCCAUCAUGCAAUACAGCUUUUUAAAUGAAUAUUAUAAAAAAUGUAAAUGGUGUAUUUCUAACUGUUUCUGAAAAAAUGUAUGAAAGGAUAGUUCUGUCAAACAAAAGCAAUUUUGCUAAUGGGAAAGUUAUACAAACCAUGUUUGAAUAUGAAAAGAUUAAAAGGUUUUGAAAGAU